GCUGAAAUUUUUGGUAUCAGACAUCGAAGCCGUUAAUAUUUGUCGGCGCAGGGCUCUGAGCAAUCUGCUUGUCAUUCUUUUUUGAGUUAAUUACUGUGAGAAAAAGCAAAAAUUAUUUAUUGCAAAUUUUAACAAAGAAAAGUCGCUUGUUUUAGGAAAUAUUUAGUCAAUAAAAAAAUGUCAGUACGCGUUAUCAAUGAUGAAGCCCAUUUCCAAACUGAACUGGCUGCCGCUGGUAUACGUUUGGUUGUGGUAGAUUUUACAGCCACUUGGUGUGGACCUUGCCAACGCAUAGCUCCACAGUUUGAAUUGUUGCCUGCUAAAUAUCCUAAAGCCAUAUUUCUAAAGGUAGAUGUUGAUAAAUGCCAGGAUACUGCCUCCAGUCAAGGAGUUUCGGCUAUGCCUACAUUCAUUUUCUAUAGAAAUAGGACAAAAAUUGAUCGUAUACAAGGAGCCGAUAUUAAUGCCUUAGAAGCCAAAAUUCAAGAACACAUAGGUACCAGUGGUGGCGAUGAAACCUUUGAAGAUUAUGGCCAAGGAUUGAUGGAAAUAAAUACUUUCAUUUCGAAACAAGAAUGUGAAUGCCUCAAUGAAGCAGAUGAUCAUCCCAUGUCUCAUUGUUUGACCUCAAAUGGUGGUUUCUUACAAUCGGAUUGUGAUGAACAAUUGAUUUUAUCUAUAACUUUCAAUCAACUGGUCAAAAUACACUCCUUAAAAUUUAAAGCUCCCCCACAACUGGGUCCAAAGGAAAUAAAAAUUUUCAUUAAUCAGCCCAGAACUAUUGAUUUCGAUCAAGCUGAGUCCAUGACAAGCGUCCAAGACUUGACUUUGGAAGCCAAGGAUUUGGACAAGGGCACACCGGUACCAUUGCGUUUUGUUAAAUUCCAAAGUGUACAAAAUGUACAGAUUUAUAUAAGAAACAAUCAAUCGGGUGGUGAAGUAACCCAACUGGAUUAUUUGGGUUUUAUUGGUUCUCCUAUAAUGACCACAAAAAUGACUGAUUUUAAGCGUGUUGCUGGCAAAAAAGGCGAAAGUCAUUAAUUUUUCUUAACAACUCUCUUUAAAUUAGACAAACAUCAUAUUGAUAAUAACAGCAAAUAUAAUUUAUAAUAUAAUAAAUAAAACAAGAAAUUAAUAACAAUUUUUUUAGUAUAAUUAACUAUAAAAUA